AUGGCUAGUGCUUCCACUGGAAAAGAAGCUGAAUGCAAGGACUAUUUCAUUGACAUUCCCCCCCACCUGCCCCCUGCGGAGUGGCCGGAAUGUUGUAUCUACAGAGUUCCCAAGAAACUACGCAUGGUAAAUGAAGAAGCUUAUACUCCUAAGCUAGUUUCAAUAGGUCCAUUUCAUCACCACAUAAAUGGAUCGACAGACAUGGAAAUGCACAAAAUGCGAUAUUUGAAGGAUUUCUUUGAUCAGACCGAGAGGAGCCAAGAGGGUUUUCUAAAGAUCAUUAAAGACAACGAAGUAAAAAUCCGUCAUUGCUAUUCGGAGACCAUUGAGCACAACAGUAAUGAUUUUGUGAAAAUGAUUCUAUUGGAUGCCAUCUUUAUAAUUGAGCUCUUCUCGAGGAAUGAUAGGAAUGAUGGAAGUGAUUACAUAUUGAGUAAACCAUGGCUAAGACUUGGUAUAACUCAUGACUUGAUGCUACUUGAGAAUCAACUUCCUUUUUUUAUUCUUGAGAAAUUAUAUAUGCUCGCCUUCGAUUUAAAUGACUCUUCCAGUUUCAACCAUCAUGAAGAAGACAAGCAAAUUGAGGAACACAAAAAGGAUCCUUUUUUUGUCAAGCUUUGUCGCAAUUACUUUAAAGACUAUGAUCAUCAGCCAGACUCCAUCAUCGGCAAGGAAAUAAAACAUUUCACAGAUUUGGUAAGAUUUUUGUUAUGUUCAGUACCAAACCUUCACCCUAAAGAACAUUUUCAUACUCGAUAUUGCGCCACAAAGCUUGACGAUGCAGGUUUGAAGUUCAAAGCAGUUAACAAACGCUUACUUGACAUAACAUUUGCUGGGAACAAGUGCUUGGGACACUUUCCGUGCUGUAAUAUGUCAUGGCUCUUGGCUUGCUUACCAUGCUUGAAAGGGGUUAAGUGCUUGGAGCGUAUGCAAAGUAUCUUGGAAGUCCCAAUCGUUGUGAUUGACGACAGUACUGAAGCUGUUUUCCGAAACCUGAUUGCUUUGGAGCAAUGUCAUUAUCCAUCUGAAACUUACAUCUGCAAUUAUGCUGUGCUAUUGGACUAUCUAAUCGACAAUGAAAAAGAUGUGGAGUUGCUUGUUGAUAAAAAUGUCAUUGUUAACAAUAUUGGUAGCAAUGCUGCGGUGGCGGCUCUGAUCAACGGACUUUGCCUUCAGAUUGUGGAAGACAACUCAUGUUACUCCGAUUUGGGUAAACAGAUUAAUGAGUACAGUGAUAACCAUUUGAACCGCAUCAUGGCAACCAUGAAAAGCGAGUUUUUCCGUGAUUUUUGGAGAGGCACUGCGACAACAGUUGCAUUGGUUGUCUUGCUUUACCAAUUCUGGAGUUUCCUUCGGCCAUUUGUCUUUAAGAAAUGA